UAUGUCCAUUUCCGAAAAAAAAGCACAACAACGCCCUGCUCAGCGCUGCGUGGUGCGAGCGAGGUCGUUGUUAUUAUCAUCGCUGGAAUCGACUGCUCGGAAACAACUCAUCGCUGGAGUUGUUAAAAUCCACGAUUAGUCGCAAUAACGCUUAACUUAAAAUUAAAUGCAACAUGGAGGUCACUGAGACAAUUGUCACAGACGCCAUUGAGGUGGAGGAAUCAACAACUACGGUUACGACUUUAGAGACUGAAAAGUCAAAAACAGAGUUUGUGUGGACUCUGCAGGCUACAUGGCAUCUCGUCCACGUUCGUCUGGACAUGGACCCAGAGUUCGACCAGCCCGUGGUCAAGAAGAAGAAGCUGUGGGAGACCGUGGCCGAGAGAGUGACUGCGAAGCUAAGAGCCGAGGAGGGCACAGACGUUUCAGUCAAAGCCUUCGAAUGUGACCUGAAGUGGAGGAACAUGUUGGCGACGUAUCGCAAAAAUGCUGAGCGAGCCAAGAGACUGGGAAGCAACAGUGUUCACUGGGAGUUCUUCAAGGAGAUGCAUGGAGUGCUGGGAAGGAGCUGCGUGGAGGAUGAGGCUCAGCGCAAGACGAAGCUCAAUGGCACCAAGCUGGGCAAGGCCAUAGCCAGCAAACGAUUUACCCCGAUACGACCCACACCCUCAGCGCCAGCGCCACAGUUACCCAGCGCUAGGCCUCCUCAGGAUUUGCUGCAGCUGUACCUGGAGCUGCAGGAGAGGAAACUGAACAUGUGGGCUCAACAGAAAGCGCUGGAAGAGAGGAAGAUUGAGGCCAUUAAUAACUUGGCACGUGCCAUAACUUGCCUGUCCCAGAACAACAGCCUACAAUUGCCCAAAGAGUGUCUGCCGGACACCCCUGUUACCCCACAGUAGUCUUUUUUUUAGAUAAGAAAUGCAUUUUUUAUUUUUAGAGAAAUGCCCGAUAUGUUGAAACCUUUUUCAGACAAUUAAAAAGACAUGAAUUGAACAGGAAUUUUCUGAAAAAUGCUUGGUUUUUAAAGGAAAAGUUAAAGAGGUCACAUUCAUGUAAAAUGAGUACAGGACAAGUUGUACAUAGUAUUUUUUUGUUUUAAUAAAAAUCAUACAAAAUG